CAACGUGGUGGGUAUAAAUAUUGGAUUAUUAUAAAUCCAAUUAGCCAGUAGUGUACCGGAGAUCUGUCGAGUUGUGUCCUCGCAAGAACAAGAACAUUGAAUCCAGCCCAGUCGGGAAGAAAGCCUCGUGUUUGUCGAAAGUUUGAACUGCUAAAGUUAACCCACCACAACCAGCAGAAUGUGUGACGACGAUGUUGCCGCCCUGGUCGUUGACAACGGUUCCGGUAUGUGCAAGGCCGGAUUCGCCGGUGACGAUGCGCCGCGUGCCGUGUUCCCCUCGAUUGUCGGUCGCCCCCGGCACCAGGGUGUGAUGGUCGGUAUGGGCCAGAAGGACUCCUACGUCGGCGACGAAGCCCAGAGCAAACGUGGUAUCCUGACCCUGAAGUACCCGAUCGAGCACGGCAUCAUCACCAACUGGGACGACAUGGAGAAGAUCUGGCAUCACACGUUCUACAAUGAACUGCGUGUGGCCCCCGAGGAGCACCCCGUUCUGUUGACGGAAGCGCCACUGAAUCCGAAGGCUAACCGCGAAAAAAUGACUCAGAUCAUGUUCGAGACCUUCAACUCGCCAGCCAUGUACGUCGCCAUCCAGGCCGUGCUGUCCCUAUACGCCUCUGGUCGUACCACCGGUAUUGUGCUGGACUCCGGAGAUGGUGUUUCCCACACUGUCCCAAUCUACGAAGGCUACGCUUUGCCUCACGCCAUCCUGCGUCUGGAUCUGGCUGGUCGCGAUCUCACCGAUUACCUGAUGAAAAUCCUGACCGAGCGCGGCUACUCCUUCACCACCACUGCCGAACGUGAAAUCGUUCGUGACAUCAAGGAAAAACUGUGCUACGUCGCUCUGGACUUUGAACAGGAAAUGGCCACCGCUGCCGCUUCCACUGCACUGGAAAAAUCCUAUGAACUCCCUGACGGACAAGUCAUCACCAUCGGCAACGAGCGUUUCCGGUGCCCAGAAUCUCUCUUCCAGCCAUCCUUCCUGGGUAUGGAAUCGUGCGGCAUCCACGAAACCGUCUACAAUUCUAUCAUGAAAUGCGACGUCGAUAUCCGUAAGGAUCUGUACGCCAACAUCGUGAUGUCCGGCGGUACCACCAUGUACCCCGGUAUUGCCGAUCGCAUGCAGAAGGAAAUCACCGCCCUCGCCCCGUCCACCAUCAAGAUCAAAAUCAUCGCCCCACCAGAGCGUAAAUACUCCGUCUGGAUCGGUGGAUCGAUCCUGGCCUCCCUAUCGACCUUCCAGCAGAUGUGGAUCUCAAAGCAGGAAUACGACGAAUCCGGCCCCGGAAUCGUGCACCGCAAGUGCUUCUAAGCUGCGCUUCCACCUGGACAAUGCCACAAACAGUUUUAAUUGUACUACCGAUAGCUUUAAUGGUGCAAAAUAUUUGCGAAAAAUUACUCUUCUGUUCGAACGUAUCGAAUUGUCUCAAGACUGCCUUAUACUUUCAUCGUGCUUUAGAAUUUACGUUUUACCAAAUUUAAGAGUAAGUUACCUUCCCAGAGUCCGAGAUUCGUGCCUAAUUAGUUGCGCAUCCUUCUAUUUCAUUUUAAUUAUCAUAUAGAAUUGUAUCACCCUUCGUUCUACAUCAUCCUAUUUAUUGACAUUCAAAAAUACUUAUUUAUUUUACGAAACGAGGAAUAAAUUUGUUGAUCUUUUUAAACUGGA